AUGUGCAACUGGGAGGAAACCGUCUAUGCGUGCCAGCACCGGAGCAAAGUCCGUAGGCAAGCUUACUCCUGCACCGUCUACACUCGCUACAUAUACGGUGAAUGCCGGUUCGACAGUCGCCGUGACAAGGUUUUCAAAGUCAUCAGCUAUGAGGACUGCGAGGACUGCAGGAGGUUGUACGAGUUUGACGCAACGAACUUGUACAACAUGACCAGCAUUUCCAUGGCGAGACGGCUUCCACGGAGCAUUCUUAUGAUCAGCACUUAUACACGAUAGACGGAGAUUUAGAGGCUUUAGAUAGAUACUGCAUCGAUACAGAAGUGACCCGCGAGGGGGAGCUCUGUAUCAUACCACAUUUUUGUCACGUCCAUGUCAGCAUGGGCGAUUCGCGACUUUCCUUCAACAUAGGCCUUUUGAUUCUGUUCAUUGUUAUUCUAUAUAGUUUAGAGAUACAAAUCUUGGCUUAGACUUGGGAAUACAACUGUUGUUUCC